UUACAUUAUAAUAAAAUUAAAGAAAAAGAAAGAAAGCAUCCGAUUAAUCUCUUUUCUUUCGCUUGUUCCAAAUUGCUAGCCCCCUUCUUCUUCUUUAUAUUCUUGGAGGAACAAAAUAUUUAACAUUUUUAUUAAUUUUUUGUUUAUAUUUAACUCCUUCAAAAUGAUAUUAUAGUUGAGGUUUGUUGGAUGGGAUUGAUAAAGAAGGAUGCCGUUAAUAUCACAGCAAAAAAUUCGAGAUAUGGGUUGCAAUUCUGCUCAAAUUAAAGAUUGGAGCAUUUGAAGUUUAAGAUUGGAAUUUAGAGAUAAUCUCAGGCGAACCUCUAAAAGAUUCUCUCAGUAUCAUUUCUCUCUCACAUGGUACCUCAUGACCAACGCGAUGAAGGGCUUAUUAAAAGGUCUAAGAUACAUUUCUAAUAUAUUUGAGGCAGAAGAGAAAGAGCCAGAGAUGCAAAUUGGUCUUCCGACCGAUGUCAAACACGUGGCGCACAUUGGCUUUGAUGGUCCUUCUGUAAGCUCGCCUAGUUGGAUGGGUGAUUUCCAAGCAGGAUCUUCAGAGCCACAAGCUACAAUUGCCCCGCCUAAGUCCCCUUCUCAAGAUGCCAGCGGCAAGCCCCGCUCAUCCAACCGAGACUUACCCGCACUGCCAUUGCCAAAGCCAACCAAGCGCUCCAACUUCGCACUGCCGCCAGGCCGCCAAAACUCGCAGCGACUGCGCCGCGCACAACGAGGCACUCGGAGAGCGGCACCGACUGUUACGAGGCAUCGCGAGCUCCCGCCGGAGCAGAGAAGCCUGACGUGGGCCUCGACGCAGAAGGAGAGACCGCAGCGGCACCGCAGGCAGCGACAUCCCCAGCUACACCUCGUCGUCGCUGCAGGACUCGCCUGCACCUGCGACCAGCAAGCACAGGAGGAGGAAGGUGAAGGGGUCGUCGUCGAGCAGCAGCAGUACGUCGAAGGGAUCGAGGUUGAAGGGGGCCGAGAAGCAGCUGUCGCCGGUGUUUAA